AUGGUUAGCACAGAAAAUAAAAUUGGAUUGUUUAAAAAUAAGGACGAUGAUAUAGAUGGUGAAGAAAUGCGAGAAUUGCCGCAGAAAAAGUUCUACCGACAAAGGGCUCAUGCAAAUCCGAUUAGUGACCAUGAAUUCGAUUACCCGGUUUUCCCCGAGCAGAUGGACUGGAAGAAAUAUUUCGGGGAUUUCAGUGAAGGACGUCAGGUAGAGUUUGCUGAUGUUGGUUGUGGCUAUGGUGGUUUGCUGAUUAAACUUUCUACUUUAUAUCCAGAAGCUCUGAUGGUUGGAUUGGAGAUUCGAGUGAAGGUUAGUGACUAUGUGCAAGACAAAAUUCAUGCGCUACGUUUGCGAGAACCAGGGAAUUACCGAAAUGUCGCAUGUCUCCGAACUAAUGCAAUGAAAUAUUUACCAAAUUAUUUCCGUCGACAUCAGCUCACAAAGAUGUUUUUCUUGUAUCCAGAUCCACAUUUUAAGAAAGCGAAACAUAAGUGGCGAAUCAUUACACCAACUCUACUAGCUGAAUAUGCUUAUGUUUUAAAACCAGGAGGACUGGUUUACACGAUAACGGAUGUUGAAGAAUUGCACAUUUGGAUGGUGAGGCAUCUCUCUGCUCAUCCUUUAUUUGAGCGUUUAACAGAUUUGGAAAUGAAAAUGGAUCCAGUUGUGGAAAUGCUUUAUGAUAGCACAGAGGAAGGACAAAAAGUAGCGCGUAACGAAGGAUCUAAAUGGUCUGCUGUAUUUAGGCGGUUACCUAACCCUGUCCUGUCGUCAUAA